AAGGAGCUGGACACCCAGCCAUUCUGUAUCGUGAUUUUGAACGUCUUAUGCGCGUUCGAUAUUUCGUUUAGUAUUUAUUUGACCGGAAAUCCGUGCGGAAUUUGGCUAUCGAUAUUAUUUAUUGUUAUUAUUAUUAUUGGAAAAUUUUACGUUGAACGGAAAUAGUGAUAUUUUCUCAUAAAAGUGUUGAUUUUAACGGAAAAACGUGUAGACGUGUGUCUUGUUUUAUAUAUCUCGAAUCGGCCACGUGGCUCCCACUUGAAGAAAAAAAAUAAAUAAAAAAAAUUGAACUCCGGAGUGCCUUUCGUGCCGUCGUGUGAAUAUCCCGAGGUAGCAAGUUGCAGGAAGGAGAAAAUUAGAAAAAAACGAAAAAAAAAAAACAAAAAAAAAAAAAUUAUUGGAAAAGGUGAAUUAUGGCUAAGACGACGAUUUAUAGGCGGAUGAAGGGCAGAAAUAUGCCCAACGACUCGGCCGUCCAGUCUGACGUCGUGCACAAUCGGAAAAAGAUCCAGAAGCCGGGGCGCAUCAAGAGGGUGUCGUGGCGCGACGAACAGACCGGCGGCGGCAUGAGCGUGUCGGACGCGCCCGAAUUCAGCGAUCCCGCCAUCCUGGAGGUGUACAACGCGACCAGGAGACGGUACACGCGCGACGAGCUGCUGGCGCUCAAGGACGCGCCCAUGUCCCAGAAACGGCCCGACUUCCUCGACAUUACCGAAGUCCCGAAUCAGAUUCUGGAUCCGGAGAAGUGGAACAUUGAACGCAAGAAGUCGGACACGCCGACGGAGGGCACGCUGAAGCCGGGCGGCGAUGUUGUGGAUCCAAGGAGACGGCCAGGCGACGCCAGGGAGCGCAUACGCAAGGAAAACGAUGGCAUCGUUCUUAGUCCGCAGCGGCGCAGUUUCAACUCCGGCUGUUUCGUACCAGUGACCAGACCGAACCGGGCGCACAGCCCGAUCGGCAAGAGCGAGCCGGGCGCGCACAUCGGCGUGCGCGAGAUCCAGCCGGCGUCGCGGCGCAUCGGCAGCGGUCGAAUCGUCCGCGACUGGGACUCGGGCGACAAGACGGGACCGGGCGGCGUGGCCGAUCCGAUGGGCGGCGGCGACUAUGUCGGCGUCGGCUUCCGACGUCAGAACAGUAUGGGCGCCGUGCCCAACAGCGGCGCCGGCGACGACCGGACGGACCGGGGCGAGCGUGGCGGCGGUCGCAGCUUCGCCGGCUUCGACAUGACUAGGGAGAAGGAGCGCGAGCCCGGACGGCGUAACGGACGUUACGAUCGACGUCGUCUGGACAGCAGCCGGGAAGACGAGCCCGAAUGGUUCUCUGGCGGACCGGUGUCGCAGAACGACACCAUCGAGCUGCGCGGCUUCGACGACGCCGACAAACCGACUACUGGCAAGAUGAAACGCGGCGCCAAACGCGCCAAGGAAUGGGCGAAGAAGAAGGGCGACGUCGCACAGACCGUGCCGGAGGAACGGGGCGACGACGACGGCGUCAAAGACCACCAGCACCAGCAACCGAGGACCGGCGGUCCGGGCAAGAAGACGCCCGCCAACGGGGCGCAGUCGGACGAGCGUGGGGCGGGCGACGCGUCCAACGCACGUGCGGACGGCGAGGUCAACGAUCACCUGUCCAUUUUCGAAGACAUCUUCAAAGCAGACAACAUCUCGUUGCUCACGAAUGGCGUGGGUGGUGACGGGGACAACAAGAAGUCCCGCUUCGCGUCCUGGUUCAAGAAGGAGAGUCCGGAGAAGGAGGCGGCCGCCCGUCGUGCCUCCAUGAACGACGAGAACAACGCCAUCGUUAAGGGUAUACUGAAGGACAUUGGGGCGUCGGAAGCUGCCGGCACCAGCGUACAAAUACCGGGUGAUGCUGAGAAGUACUUUGCACCGAUAUCACCAGCCGCCAGUACCCAGCAGGGCGGCAAGAAGGGCGUCAACCAUCACGCACCACCCGCCCAAAAGAUCGACAUCAUGGAGAUGCUGCGAGGUCGUACACCCAACGACAGGCAGGAUCGUAACUUGGCCGAAAUGACCGGGAAGAUAAUGAAGCUGGAUGAGCUCGAGUCCAAAUUGAGGCAACCGUCCAACGAAAUGCCACCAGGAAUGCAACAGCAGCAGCAACAGAAACCGCAGAUGAAGCAGGAGGAAGAAAUGGUCGCGUUCAAGCGACUGUUGGCUCAAGUGAAUGGAGGCGUGGCCGUCACCGCCACCAACGGUCCCGUGCCGAAGGCGACACCUAUGAGCUUGCUGGAGAUGUUACAACACUCUCAGCAGCAGGACGAGGCGGCGCGUCGCGCCCACAUGAUGGGCGGUGGCGGCGGCGGACCGGUCAGUCCGGCUGCGAUGCAGGGAUUGCACGCAUCCGCCGCCCACACCGACCUACUCAAGCUGCAGCAACAACAGCAACAGCAGCAGCAGAAGAUCGACAUGUUCAGCAAGCUGAUAGGGUCGGCACAGAUGCGGGGUCCGUCGCCGCUCCACGAGUUGGGCAUGCAACAGAGCAGGGAGCUGUUACAGAGGCCGGAGGCGCAGGCCAUCCUACACGGGCUGAACUGCGGCGACCUGACGCCGCAACACAUCUGCCAGCAGCUGGGCAACCCGGGGCUGCAGCCCCGCCACAAGGAGAUGCUGUCGACGAUACUGAAGUACGGUUGCGGGGCGGCGUCGAACGCGGCGGCUCUGGGGCCGUCGCCCAGGGUGUUGAGCCCCGUGCCGCCGCCCAAUCCGGCGCAUCACAUGUUCCAGAUGCAGCAGCAGCAACAGCAGCAGCAGCAGCAGCUGCGCGUCUCGCCGCUGCCGCCUAACGCAUAUUGUGUCUCCCCAAUUAUGGCCACAAGUCCUAACACCCUAUCUGUGCCUGCCAUGCACCAGAGAAUUCCGUCGCCACGCGAGCUGCAGAUCCACACCCAGAAUAUUUUGCAGAAGGCGCUGAUCAAAAAGAAGCUCGAAGAACAGACCGAGAACUACCGCAAGAAACAGCAGGAACAGGCGCAACAGCAUCGUGGCCAGAGCCCGAAUCCGAACGUCAACGCGUCGAAGAGCGUGUCGUCGCCGACGCCGUUGGCGUUCACGCCCACGUCGGUGCUGCGCAAGAUGACGGCCGACAAGGACGAGGGCAAGGAGAACAAAGAGAAGUUGCCGCAGGGCAGGGCGCUGACCGGCGCCAGACAACAGAGCCAGCAACAGGGACAGGUCACGGUGCAGCAGUGGAAUCAACAGUUUGCCGGUGUCAAGCAGCCUGCUGGACGUCCGAUAGUGAAGGCGAACGCCAACUAUCAGGCGACGAACGCUGCGGAGCAGUUCUUCAACCAGCAGCGCAUGUACAACCAGCAGCGCAAGCUGCAACAGCAGCAGCAGCAACAGUACGCUGCGUUGAACAACAACUCGCAGCAGCAGCAACAGCAGCCGUCGUCAGGUUUGCAACCGGGCCACCACAUGGGCCAAUAUCCGAUUGCGCCUAACCAGCAACCAUCGUUUUCCUCCCAACAGCAUCAGUUGACGCAGCACCAGUUGCGCGCCCAACACCAGCAAAGAGCCCCGCCCGCCGCCGAUCGCGCCCCCCAGCCGCAGCAACAGGCUGGUGGUCAGCAGCAGCUAGCCUACCAGCAACAGCAGCAGCCAACGAGCCAGGCGUGGCAGCAGUUCCUCAGUAACGCCCAGCACAGCAACAGAAACAGCCAGAUGGGCCGCGGAGGCGGCGGCGGCAACGGAGCGAUGGACGGCGACCUGUCGCCCACCACGACCAACCAGCUGGCCCGCUGGUUCUCGCCCGACCUGUUGGAGCGCGCGAGGGGCGGCGAGCUGCCCAGCACGGCGACACUAGCCCAGGUGCUCAGCCUGGAGGAGAUCGAGCGGCAGACGGCGCCGCCCGUCCACAACUAGAACGCCGCAGGCGGCGCCCCCACACCCCCCCAAAACCACCGGAAACUCUCCAAUCCCGCCCGCAAACCGUGUGUGUGUGUGUGUACCUGGUCCCCCUUUUCACCACCAUCAUUCACUCUGUCCCCCUCGCCGAACCUCCCGGUGAAUCGCCAUUCGUGUAACUUGUAAAUUAUAGACGGCGACACUGAGAACGUCUCGCCCGCGGUGAGUCCCCCACCCCUGUGAUUGUUGUUUUUGCUGGCUGUUUUCGAGGUUUAAGUUUUUUGAUUUUUUUAAUUGGUUCAAUUAACGCGGCGAUUAUGAUUAUUAAUUGAUUGUGUUUUUUUCGUAUGAAGUUAUUAAAAGAGAGAUUUUGACGCCGAUUUUUUAGGUAUAUAAUGUUUGCUUUCUGAUUGAUCUCUACGUUUCAUAAUUUCGAUCCCAACCGAAACUACCCACCCCCCCACGCGCCAUUUUUUUGAUAUUUUAGUUAUGUUGCUGUAACAUUCUGAAUAAAACCAUAUUUUUUUUGUA